AUGGAGAGCAGUAUAACAGCAUUCAUGGGUGUUGGCAUUUGGAUCGAUGGAGACAAGAAGAAAGAGUGUGUAAAGCCCAUAGUAACCAAACUAUGUCAGAACAUUACUGCAUUCGAUGUUUCUGAUAAAACUAUGCAACGCCUGGGAGGCUAUCAUUUUUUCAGAGGACAACCUGAUGGGAUCCUUGGACGUCAGAUGUGCCUUCAGAUGAUGGUCACCAAAAAUGACCAGAACGGUUUCCUUGAUGACCAAGGAUGCCUAUCUUUAUAUGGCUAUGGAGUUCAGAGCCUUACCGUGGCUUGUGCCAAGAUAAUUUCGUGA